UCUGAGCCUGAUGUCUGUUGUGGUUGAAACGUCACCGUUUUGUUUUAGUUUAUCUUCUCUCUAAACGACGUCAUGUUGCUUCCCUCUUCUUCUUCUUUCUCCUCUUUUAGUCUUUUCAUUUGAUCGCUGAAAACUGAAACUAUUUCCCCAUAUCACUCAUCUCUCUUCUUCAAAAUUCCUUCUUUGUUUCACAAAACUAAACCAAACCCUGAUUUUAGCUUCUUAAUUGCUUAAUUAUCUUCAAUUUUUGUUUAAUUUUUAGGUUUUAAAUCAUUUUCGAUCGUUUGAUUCCAUCAUUCCAUGGCCGGAAAAGGGCUAUCAUCGGCGCCUUUCAACGCGCCGCCGAUGAUUGUCCAAGACGCUGACCCGUUACGUUUUCGGGUCGGCGAACAAGACCCUAAAACCCGUGAAUUCGCUGCUUUUAUCGGCGACCACCACCGGUAUUUCGCGGCGGCAGCAGCAGCAGCCGCCGCUGCAGCUAAUCCACACCCUCAUCUAGAGUUCCGUCAGAAUUUCUACUCGGAGAAACCCAUUAUCGGAAACCCUAACGACAGUGGUGGGUCCGACGGCGAGGAUGACGUUGACGUGGAAGAAGAAGACGAGGAUGAUGACAUAGACGGAAAUGAAGGCGACAUGGGCAUGAACAAAGAUGCUGGCGAAGAUUCUGUAUCUGCAGGAGCUGUGAUAGUGGUUGGACAAGACAACGCAGCUUACUACUCACAGCAUUUUAAGACGAUGGAAACGACUUUUGCUUCUAGGAAUGAGGAAUCAUCUAUCGCUGUGGAUAAUGGGUGUGAUUUCAGCGGCAGAAGAGACCCUUCUUCUUCUUCGAGCAAUUCAAUCGAGUCCUUGAGGACCAUUUUGUCUGAUCCUACAACAGGGUCUUUGAUGGCUGAUGCUAUGAUUUUACCUUGUGGACACACUUUUGGAGCUGGAGGAAUUGAACAAGUGAAACAGAUGAAGGCUUGCUGCACAUGUUCACAACCAGUCUCAGAAGACUCAAUAACCCCAAAUCUCACUUUACGAGUUGCGGUACAAGCAUUCUGCCGAGAAGAGAAUUCACAGUCAAACCAUUCAUCGAAGAGAAAACGAGAAGGAUUUGAUCAAGAGAGACGUGCAUUUGGUGUCACUAAUCAUUCAGGUCGAUCAAGGAACAAAAGUAAUCAUUUCCCAUUUGCUGUGGCAGAUCGAGUUAUAAUAAAGGGAAAUAAGAGGACACCACCUCGUUUUGUUGGCCGGGAAGCUGUUGUGACUACUCAAUGCUUAAACGGCUGGUAUGUGGUGAAAACACUGGACAACGCAGAGAGUGUGAAGCUUCAGUAUCGUUCAUUGGCUAAAGCUCCAGAAGAUCCAUCUGCCAAAGCAACACCAAACAAGAUGGUCUCUAACUGGCUCUAAACAAAGCAACCUUGUUUUCAGCAUGAUGACACCAGUUUCUGCUCCUAGGUUCUCUAUGUAAGAUCCAAAACCUUAUUUACAGAUCCAGAUCACUGUUACAUAUUGUAAAUUGUAGUAGUUACUCCAUGUGUGAGGUUUGACUUUUUGGGGAAAUUAGGCUUAGGGCAAGAUCCAAACUUUGAAUAGCCAGAACAUAUUCGGAUCAUAAUACAAUACAUAGUUAUCUCAAGAUUACUUCUUUAUUCAA